UUAUCUGCGAGGUCAGAGAAGGCUGGCUGCGUUCAGUGGUGCUGUUGAAAAACACGAUGAAAAUGGCGUGGCAACCGCAAGAGGAAGGACUUAGACAAAUUUUAACGCUUCUCAAGGAGUCUCAGAGCCCCGAUACGGCUACUCAGCGAGUUGUGCAAGAAAAAUUGGAAGAAUUAAACAAGUUUCCAGACUUCAACAAUUAUCUUAUUUUUGUUUUAGCAAAACUCACAUCAGAGGAUGUACCCACGAGGUCUCUUAGCGGACUGAUACUGAAGAACAAUGUUAAAUCAAAUUUUUGUAAGUUUUUACCAGAAGUUAAAAAUUUUAUCAAACAAGAAUGUUUAUCGGCCGUUGGGGAUCCCUCGCCCCUAAUUCGAGCAACCGUUGGUAUUUUAAUUACUACCAUUGCAUCCAAAGGUGAACUGACUUUAUGGCCAGAGCUGCUACCCGCGCUUUGUCAAAUGUUGGAUUCGCAAGAUUUCAACGUCUGUGAAGGCGCAUUUGGCGCUCUUCAGAAAAUAUGCGAAGAUUCUGCAGACAUAUUAGAUUCGGAUGCGCUUAACCGACCUUUGAACGUUUUGAUCCCAAAGUUCCUGCAAUUUUUCAGACAUUCUAGCCCUAAUAUUAGAUCGCAUGCCGUUGCCUGUGUUAAUCAGUUCAUUGUUAACCGUACGCAGGCUCUCAUGAUUCACAUAGAUAGCUUCCUGGAGAAUCUCUUCCAUUUGGCUAAUGACGAAGAUGCCGAUGUUAGAAAAAAUGUUUGCAGAGCGCUGGUUAUGUUGCUCGAAGUUCGAAUGGAUAGAUUAAUACCACAUAUGCACAAUAUAAUAGAGUAUAUGUUAAUGAGAACUCAGGAUCCUGAUGAAGGAGUCGCUCUGGAAGCUUGUGAAUUUUGGCUUUCAUUGGCAGAGCAACCAAUUUGUAAAGAAGCACUUGCACCACAUUUAAGUCGUUUAGUACCUGUAUUGGUAAGGGGUAUGAAGUACUCUGAAAUAGACAUAAUACUCCUAAGGGGGGAUGUAGAAGAAGACGAAAUGAUCCCAGAUAAGAAAGAAGACAUCCGACCAAGAUUUCAUAAAUCAAAAACGCACCAUAUGCACUAUAGUUCCAUCAAACACACGGAUGAGAAUGGUGGUUGUAACGAUGAAGAUAUAGACGUUGAAGAUGGAUGCGACGAUGAAUCGUCGCUUAGCGAUUGGAAUUUGAGAAAAUGUUCUGCCGCUGCAUUGGAUAUGUUAGCAAAUGUCUUCAGAGAAGAACUGUUACCAGUUUUAGUACCAAUUUUAAAAGAGACUCUUUUCCACCAGGAUUGGGAAAUCAAAGAGUCUGGAAUAUUAGCAUUAGGAGCUAUAGCAGAAGGUUGUAUGGUUGGCAUGAUUCCACAUUUAUCCGAAUUAAUUCCAUAUCUAAUUAAUUGCUUAAGUGACAAAAAGGCGCUGGUACGCGCCAUCACAUGUUGGACGCUUAGUCGUUACGCACAUUGGGUUUGUGCGCAGCCACACGACACGCAUUUGAAGCCUUUGCUAACUGAAUUACUCAAAAGAGUACUUGACGGCAGUAAACGCGUCCAAGAAGCCGCGUGUUCAGCUUUCGCGACGUUAGAAGAGGAAGCAUGCACAGAAUUGGUCCCUUAUUUAGGAUUUAUUCUCGAAACACUUGUUUUCGCCUUCGGUAAAUACCAACACAAAAAUCUUUUAAUAUUGUACGACGCAAUUGGUACGCUUGCUGACUCAGUGGGACAUCAUCUUAAUAAACCGGAUUAUAUUAACCUUCUUAUGCCACCGUUAAUUAAUAAAUGGAAUGUAUUAAAAGACGAAGAUAAAGACCUAUUCCCAUUGCUGGAAUGUCUUUCUUCGGUUGCAACUGCAUUGCGAUCAGGUUUUCUUCCUUACUGCGAGCCCGUUUACAAGCGGUGUGUAUCCCUCGUAGAGCAGACGCUAAAUCAACAUAUAGCAAAUAUGCAGAGCCCAGAACAAUUCGAGGCGCCUGACAAAGAUUUUAUGAUCGUUGCGUUAGACCUUCUUAGCGGCUUGGCGGAAGGAUUGGAUGGGCACAUGGAACGCUUAGUAAUGAAUAGCAAUGUAAUGCAGCUAUUGUAUCAGUGUAUGCAAGAUAUUAUGCCUGAAGUUAGACAGAGCAGCUUCGCCUUUUUAGGAGAUCUUACAAAAGCCUGCUUCCAACAUGUUCUCCCGUGCAUACCGGAUUUUAUGCCUAUACUUGGUCAGAAUUUGAAUCCCGAAUUUAUAUCUGUGUGUAACAACGCAACGUGGGCUAUCGGCGAAAUAGCUAUUAAACUCGGAUCCGAUACGAGCGCAUAUAUUCCAUUAAUUUUGACUCAACUUAUCGACAUAAUCAAUAGACCAAAUACGCCAAAAACACUGUUAGAAAACACGGCCAUAACGAUCGGUCGCCUAGGUUAUGUGUGUCCCCACGACGUCGCCCCCAUGUUACAGCAGUUUGUCCGACAGUGGUGCACAUCUUUGCGGAGCAUCAGAGACAAUGAAGAAAAGGACUCAGCAUUUAGAGGUAUGUGUCAGAUGAUUACGGUAAAUCCAGGGGGAGUCGUACAAGAUUUCAUCUUCUUCUGCGAUGCUGUUGCAUCUUGGAUCUCGCCAAGAGAAGACCUCAAAGACAUGUUCCAAAAGAUACUACAAGGGUUUAAAUCACAAGUUGGUGCGGAAAAUUGGAAACGAUUUUCAGAUCAGUUCCCACCACAGCUCAGUGAACGACUCCAUAAUAUGUAUGGCGUCUGAGCAGCCCUCCCUAAAUGCGAAGGCCGCUUAAUGGGGCAGGCCGAACGGGGUUGGGCGGGAAACAGAACUAUGGGUGGACAGGGUGGGUGGGUGAAACCACGGCCUCUUCUCAGCAACAUCGUUGUCGUUACCGUGUUAUAUGGUCAUCGUCAGGCUCUCGGGGGAACUAAUACGCGUCAUGAGCUCUGCGGUUGGCAAUGAGCUGUAAAACGAAAAAUAACAAAAAAUCAAAUCGAAGUGAGAAUGGAACGAAGAAACAAAAAAAUGAGAACGACAAAACAACGUGGUGGGCCGAAUCGUAACGCGUGGGUGGGCGGGUAGGGGGGAGGGAGGGAGGGAGGGAGGGAGGGAGGAACUGUGUUGGGGUCACCGACCAUUUUAAAGUGAAGGUAUCUACUACACAACGGUAAACCGCAUUACAACAACAAAAAAAAAAAAAACAAAAAAAAAACGAAAUGAUACCUUAACGUAGUAAAACCUACACGCUGUACACUCCGUUUCCAUUAGCGCUGUGUAACACUGUUAAGUGUUUUUAUUCUCGCGUAUCGAAACGUGACAAAGAAAGUGCUGCUGGCGACCGCCAUCUUAAGCCCAGCUGCAAAUCGAAAAACCGACUCUUCUCGAUUAGUUGGAAGGGGAAACUUAUGCGAAGGGAAAAACGAAAAAAUAAAACAAAAAAAACGAACGAGAAAAUAAUUAAAAAAAAAAAAACCUGAACGAAUGAAAGAAAAAGAGGAAAACAUUCAACGAGCAUAGAUCUCACGUUAUAGAGCUUGCUAAACUACUGUGAUCGAAAAUUUGUAUUGAUAUAGAUAUUGAUUUUUCGAGAAAGAGAGGUGUGCAUACAUACACACACUACCAUUCGAUGAGUUGCGUAGAUCUUUAGAGGACAAAGAGUAUAGAAUAUUUAUUUGAUAAAGCUACAGAAUAGAGAGUAUGUUAUUAGAAAUUUCAUAGUGUACAGAAGGUUUUUGAGAAUAUGUAUUUUUAUACGUUGAAACUCAAUGGAUGUAAACGCAGAAAGUGCCAUUCCGUUCGUUUUGAACCAAAAUUUUUCUGCUUACUUUAACUCUUCUCCUUGCGCUGAUUGUGAUAUUAGGUUAUCUGACAACUACGUCAUGUAUGUGAAACAUAUUUCAAAUACGAUUAAUAUAUACGUACAUAUAGAGUGUAUAUGUAUAUAUAUAUUACUGUUAUUAUUAUUGUAUAUCGAACAUACGAUGUUUUAACCUGCAGACAAUUUUGUGAUUUUUUUUUUCUUUUUUGUUAAAGAUAUUAAAUUAGGGUCAUUAGCGUUAGUGUAAAUAGAUAAUACAAUUUUAGAAUGGACGUUUUUGUUAUCACAUGAUAUAAGAGUGUAUUUCAAAUUUGCUUGUAUCACCUCUUCGGGUUAAUUGUUAUUUAACAACCAAGGGACAUAUAAGAAGUUUAUGAUUUUGCAAGAACGAUUCACAGAGUUUCUAAAUCUAUGACGUGAAAUCUAUCGCGAUAGGAAAAAAUUUUACGUGCACCGUAUCACAAUGCUGAUCUCCCAUUUACGUUUCGAACAUUAAUUUUGUUGUGUUUAGAAUUGUGUUUGAAAUUCAAGCGCAGACUGUGUCAUUCCAGUCCAUUUUGGGCCAUUUCGAAAAAGGCGAGCACUCUUACCGUACCAAGAUGCGCUUUACCAUGUUUCUUGAAGACAAAUUAAGGAAACGAAAGAAAAAGAAAAACAAACAAAAAAAGUAACAACAAAUUUUUGAAAUUGCGAGAAUGUAAUGUGUAUCGAGACUGUAAAAGUUGUAAAAGCCUGUAAAAGCGAUUUCUAGUACUUUAAAUGACGUAUUAAGCUGUAUUUUUAUUUUCGUUAUUCUUCUCAUUUUUGUCAAAAGUGUUAAAAUACAAACGGAAAAGAAUAAGUAUAAAAGUAUAAAAGCUCAACGCAUGGAAAUCGUGGAAAUAAGCUGACCAUCGUUAAGUCACUGUUGUCAAUCAAACUUUGAAGUUUAUUAAUAAACGAAAGUACUGGCAGGAUGAACUAGCGCAAGCGAGAUAAAUAGACGCUGAAAGAAUGAAAGAAAUGCGUUGAUUCCGUUGCAUCGUGUAUCGUAACGUGCAAGAUAAUUUUGUCGAUCCACCAUAACAUAGAUCGAGUAUCAUACACACUCUCUAACCAAGUGUGACUAGUACAAUCUGACGAUAAAAAUAUUUUUUUAUCAUUAAACCGUAGACUAUAUGAAAAAAGAUCAUUAUUUUGCUGUUCUACUAUUUUGAGCGAAAGAAACCACACACACAUACACACUCGUAACGAGAAAAUGGAACUUGAUAAUAGUUUCUUUUCGUCUUUAAAAAUAGAAAAAAAAAACAAAAGAACUGCGCAGAGAACAGAACAGUACGAUUCGUGACCGCUCCUUGAUUCGAUCCAUGCUCGUUAAAUGGCAACGAUUCAUAUUGCCAUCACACUUAUCCCAAUAUUUUGGUCCUUUCCUUGCCCUGCCUGCGCCAUUUUUGUGAUAUUACUAUUUUUUAUAAUUACUUAAGGGCUUGGAUGAAAAUAGAACAGAGCCACGCGACGUGUCUCAACGAAUGUCUUGCAAAAAUUAAAACGGUUCGCGGGCAAUAAUUAAACGAUGUUUCCUUUAAUCGCAUCUACUUUGUUGUAAUGUUUCACGUAUGUACAUAAUGCAAUGUAAGAUCAUUUUUUCACUUUUUACAGAAUUAACUAGUGCUUAAUGGCAUUCGAUUCACUCGAGGUAUACGCAAGGUGUUCUUGUCGUUUGUCGAAAAUGUACUCUACAUUCAAAAUGUACUCUACAUUUUCAACUUAUGUUCAAUGUACGAGUCAUCCUACUUUUCGGUUGAACCAGGACUGAACACCCUCUGUAUAUAUAUUUUAAAUAGUUCCUAAGCUAAAGCAAGAAUGUUUUUCAGUGGUACACUCGUGUUUAUAGAUCUCUGGUUUUUCAUAUUGAAUUUUUUAUACUAUCGUAGACUCAGAAAGAACAUUUCAUACUUAUCUUCUACCUUACCAUUGUAAAUAUAAUUUCGAUUGAAUGACUUAGAUAAGACACAACGCGUGCACAGGAUGAUAUUGUAAAGUAGGCUUCCGUCGAGAACUCGCGUGGCUCGCGAUUAUUUAUUAUGCUCGGAGCUCUCAGUCAAGAUAAGGACGAAAAUAAAUUUAUAAAUGGAACAUUAAACGUAAAGAAUCAUCUAUUUAUACAUAUAUAAUAUUAUAUAAUGAAGGUGAAACGAAGUUGAUUGAUAUUUGACAAAUUUCCAAGUUUUUUCUAUUGCAAAGAGAGAGAGAGAGAGUGAGAGAGAAAGUAAACUAGAGUGUGUUAAGUGUAAAGAGAGUAUGUAUGUGGGAGAAUAUACGGGGUGAUUGCAAACAAACAAAACAAAACGAACACGGGAGAAACGAAGAACAAAAUGGAGACAAAUGACGAGUAAAAUAAUUAAAUGACAAACACAAGUAAAUAAUAUUGUUGUAUCUUUAUUGUUGUUGUUGCAUGAGCAUAGCGUAAUAGACUGAGCCAUACAUGUGGUUAAAUAAUAACUAUUAACGUAAUAUUUCUUAAUUAAUACUAUAUUAUUGUAAUUAUUGUACGGUGUGUAUUAUAUUUAAUCGUAAUGCUUCGUGCGGGCAGUGUUUGGAGGGGGUUCCUAUCCUUUGGGGAUUCAAACGCGUAUGUAAAGAAAAUAGAGAAAGAAAAAAAUACGUAGCUCUCGAUCGUCGCCUUCUUUUUAAAAUAUCCAAACACUUGUAUAUUUUUCUCCCUACGCAAAUUCGUAAACAUUUUUCAAAACGGCUUUGAGAACAAAAAUUAUGGACGAUCACAUAACAAGAAUCGAUACAGCUUUUUUGGAUGGGUGUAAUUUUUUGCUGUCUUGACAUUGUAAAAUAGAAAUGUGUAUAUGCGUGUGCGUGUGUGAAUAUAUAUAGUAUACAUUGUUUGUCCCAAUCGAGAAGAACGACGUUUUACACGAAGUAUUUGUACGUAAAUCGGAAGAAAAGAGAGCAAAUCUUCCAAGAUAAUUUUCGCUCACUUAAAUUACUGCAUAUAUUUAUAUAGCUCUUAAGAAUAGAGAAGAAAAUUAUCUAAAAUUGGAACAUAUGCGGUAAACUAAAAAGUGGAAAAACUAUUUUUAUUUUUAACGCUGCAGAAUCAUGCUGUGCAUUUUCUUUUUCGAUGGUACUGGAACCCACCAACGACUGUAGGUCUUCGAAUUUACGUUUGGUCAACAGGGUGUAAAUAAACUCAGAGCCAAAGGUGGGCAAAAUUAUUAUUCAAAUCAAAUAACGAAUAAAAAAUACACAAUUUAUGAUUGGUUUAUUAUAUUAUGUGGAACGUACAAAAGCUUGUCUUGGUUCAACUGUUCAAUUAAAUAUAAUAUUUGUCCACGUCUGCUCUAGGCACGAUCCUCAGGGGUUAUUAGACGUCAUUUACAGAAGCAGAAAUGUCUUAAUUAAUUGACGCGCCUAUUGACUUUAUUUCAGAGUUCACUGUAUCUGUUCCAGGAACGAUAUUUUAAGUACUCUCGAUUGGAACAUAAGCGUGGCAUAAGAAUUCUCUUCUUUCACUCAAAGGAUCGGAACUUCAUGGGGCUGUUCCUAGUACCUGAUUAUCCUAUCCUUGCGGCACGAACGAAGGCUCUUCUCUUCUUUCGAAUCGAACCAUCGUCAUCCGUCUGUAUAAGAAUUCUCUGUUCUCUCGCGUCUCGCAAGCGCCAGCGAAUUCCUCUGUCCAGUGUUUCACACUCGGUAUAGAGAAAAACGUAUAAAAAAAAAAGAAAAUGGUGUUCUUUUUAUUGUUGCAUACCUUGACUGCUUAGUACUUAAGUAUAUAUAUGUACAUAUACACCUAGACGGAAACUCAAGACUAGAGAUCGCAAGCAGAGAUAGGGUAAAAUUUUGUUCGAAUAAUAGAUAACGAAUAAAACUAACAUUUAGCAAUCUCUUCGUGACGUUUAUUCGACAAAGUUUGAAUUGUUCCAUACUGCGAAUUUUAACGAGUAACGGACGAACAAUCGUUUAUCCUUUUACUCGUUAUUCGAAAUCUGUUAUCCAGAUGAAAAUUUUGUCUAUCUCUAAUCGCAAGUAAGUUUUUUGCAUGUUAAGUAAAAAGAAACUAGAAAAGAAAAAGAAUGGAAAAUGGAGACUGUUAUACACACAGAGACACGCAUACACACGUCCUUAUUCCUUACUUCUUACACGAUAAAUAUUCGCCAGAGAUGGGCAGAAUUUUAUACGAAUAAAAUCUCUGUAGCUAUUCAUUCGCAACAGUGGUUAUGCGGAUAAAUUUUUAUUCAACGUAAUUUUAUUGUAUUAUUUAGAUUGUAAUUUUUAAUUUAACAUAUUAACACGCCAAAACGAGCGUUUCUAUUGUUCGUUAUUCACAAUUCUUGUCUAGAUAAGAAUUCUUGUUUCAUUUAAUUAAGAAUUUUGCCCACGUCUGUCACUCGCCAAGAUGCAACGAAAGGUGCUGAUCUCGACGUUUACGAUUAAGACUAAAAGUGCGAACGCUGUCGAACGAAAAACCUGAAAGGAAAACAUCUCGCUGAGGAAGGAAAUUCAGGACCAUCAUGACAGGAGAAGACAGAAACAAAGAAAGAAACUGAGAGAUAAACGGAGACGGUACUCAGUAUUGUAUAUCGAUAAUAAGCUUCAGGCAAUCGUCUUAUUGUGAUCACUGAAUUUAUUUUAUGCUGUCGGUUGACAAUUUAUUAUUAUUAUUAUUACUGUUGUAACUGAUUAAUGGAAUGAGCGCGACUGCGUCGAUCCUUCUGAUCACAUUAUCAUCUGUAGGAAUUGCGAUCCUCAGGGCCCAUGAUCAAAAAUGUCGGCAUUUUAUUGUAAAAAAAAAAAAGACGUAAUAUAAAAAAGAAGAAAAAAGGGAGGAGGAAGACGCCACGUGGACACGCAAAGACCGAUUGGAAAAGCUUCAAGCGUUUUAUCCUGUAGAGUUGUUCGAGUACUUGAAAGGAAUUCCUAUUCGUUGUAUUUAAUUGUCAAGUAAUUGCAAUACGAUCGAACGAAAUCGUACUUAUAAUUUAUGGAUGUCUUGUAGGUUUUUUUCAUCAAGUAUAUCUUGCAAAGCUUACAAUCUUUAUCUGGAUAUACGUUUCUAAUAAUGAAUGAAAAUUAAAUAAAUGUUACUUCUUGAGUAAAAACUGCGAUUUGAAUUGUACGAUUACUGUGUAAUUAUUAUUCAUAAAUCAGUAAUCCGUAUCUGAUUAAUCAUAGUCAUGGAAUACAUUUAGUUCAACACUACCAUGAUGUAUGAUUUAGUUUUUCUCUGUUCAAAUGUUUCGAGUACUCGACACCUCUGGACUUUUAUUUCAUUUCAUUUCAUUUUACGCCAAAGCCAAGCACUCGACACCAAACAGGGGCAAUUCUUUGUUUCAUUUUUAUUUUUAGAAUUAAAUAUAUCACGUGUACGGAUGAACCGAUUCGAGGCCUCCUCUUUCGCAGAGGACUACCGGUCCAGCAGGAGCACAUCACUCUCACCGAUUCGCACAUUGUACAUACGCAUGCGCACAAUCAGAAUGAUAGUUCCGUCGUUUACUUUUCUCUUGGUUCUUUGCGUGCUACGCGACGCCAUCAUUCGAAAAGUAAUUCGAAAUAAACCUUGAGGAAUACUGGCGUACAA